AUGCCAUCCGAUAAACAAGACUACCGAGGCCGGUCACAAUCACCAGCGGCUUGGUCGCGUCGUGAGACGAGCGACCGCAGUGGGCGCCACGGUGAUGACCGCACCCAUCACCGCCGACGCAGGGAUGAAGACGGUGCUGAGGAAGCGCGAUCUCACAGACAUCACCACCAUCGAUCACAUAGGCGGAAACGGAGCAGGUCUCCAGAGCGGCAUUCGUCAUCCAAGCGCAGCAGACCUACGGCCGCCUCGAUGAUGUCGGAUGAGGAUGGCGAUGCUGGUGGGACCAGGUCGGGGCCGAAGCAGCUGCCACUUGGCGCACGGACUUUGUCUCGGCACGGCGACUACGAGGCGUUCGAGCCUCUGUUCGCAAACUACCUUGACUUGCAUCAUCAGAUUGACGUCUUUGAGCUCUCUGGUCGCGAGCUGCAGCACCGGUGGCGCUCCUUCGUGCGCAGGUGGAACGCCGGGAAGUUGUCAGAGGGCUGGUACGACCCGGAAAUGUUUGCAAGAGUCACGAAGGAAUGGGAGGCGGAGGAUGGCAAGGCGACUCGCGCGGCAGCUGCUACUACGCGGGGGACAUUGUCACCGGACAGGUUGAGGAGGCAGAGCGUGUGUGGUUCCCCCCCUCCACCAAAGCGUGAUGAAUUAGACACAGGCGAUAGUCAACGUCGUGUGGAGCAGCAAGAUGAAGACGAAGGCGAAGACAGCGACGACGAUUACGUCCCACCACUUCCCCCGCCAGAAGGCACGCAAGUCGCACGGGCACACGGAUGGAAUGACAAGAGGGAGCGUCAAGGUCCCGGGAUACCCAGCAUGCAGGACCUCGACGUACGCCGUGCCGAGGAGGAAGAGGCGCAACUCCGGUCUCGGGAUGAGAUACGCCUCGCUCGGCGCGCAGACAGGGUCGAGCAAAAGGAGCGCCUGGACGACAUCCUGCCACGCGCGGCGGCCGGGACGCGAGAACGGCAGCUCGAGAAGAAGCGCAUGGUUAAUGAAAAGAUGCGUGGGUUCCGCGAGGGCUCAGCGGGAGCUACUGAGGAGGCGGGCGAUGGGGAGCUGAUGGGUGAAGGCGGCGGGGUUAGCGACUACAAGGCCGCUUUGGCGCGAGAGCAGAAGAAGAAGACGGAGAGGGAGCUUAGGAAAGAAGCCGAAGCGCGCGCCAAGGUCGAAGAGCUGCGGCAGCGGAUGAAGAGGUAUCAGGAGAAGGAGGAGCGGACCAUCGGAGCUCUGAGGGAGUUGGCGAGGCAGAAGUUUGGUGGGUGA